UUUGUGCCAGAUGGUGUAAUUGCAAUCUCUCUGAAAAAGGCUCCAUUCUCUACUCUUAAGGGUCCGAAGCUCUCUAACCGAGUCUGCUAAUUUCAUUUCAUUUAAAAACCAAAGCUCCGCAAAUUCACAAACAAAACCUAACUUUCAGAUUCAGAGACACAGAAAAAAGAAAAAAAAGACAAAGAUGGUGAAGGUUCGCAUGAACACGGCGGAUGUGGCGGCGGAGGUGAAGUGCUUGCGAAGGCUAAUCGGCAUGCGCUGUUCCAAUAUCUAUGAUCUCUCCCCCAAGACGUAUGUAUUCAAGCUGAUGAAUAGUAGUGGAAUCACGGAGUCCGGGGAGAGCGAGAAGGUUUUGUUGUUGAUGGAAAGUGGUGCCAGAUUGCAUACUACUGCAUAUGUUCGGGACAAAAGUAAUACACCUUCAGGAUUUACUCUCAAAUUGAGGAAGCAUAUUCGCACCAGAAGGCUUGAGGAUGUACGGCAGCUUGGAUAUGAUCGGAUUAUUCUCUUUCAAUUUGGGCUGGGUUCUAAUGCGCACUAUGUUAUAUUGGAGCUAUAUGCCCAAGGAAAUAUUCUCCUCACAGAUUCUGAUUUUAUGGUCCUGACUCUUCUCCGGUCACACAGGGAUGAUGAUAAAGGGUUUGCAAUCAUGUCACGCCAUAUUUAUCCAACUGAAAUUUGUCGAGUUUUUGAGAGAACUACUGCUGCAAAGUUGCAAAUGACCCUUACUUCUUUUAAGGAGCCUGAUAAAAAUGAACCCGUUGACAAUAAUGAUGCUGGAACUAAUGUGUCUGCUACAGCAAAAGAAAAGCAGGUUAGUCGUAAAGGUGGGAAGUCAUCUGAGUCAAGUAAAAAUACCAGUGAUGGUACUCGGAACAAACAGGCCACAUUGAAAAACGUUCUUGGGGAGGGACUGGGCUAUGGACCUGCACUUGCUGAGCAUAUUAUACUAGAUGCUGGUCUUAUUCCUAAUACAAAAGUUUCACAAGAUAACAAGUGGGAUGAUGAGACAGUUCGGGUUUUGCUCCAAGCUGUUAUGAAGUUUGAGGACUGGCUGCAGGAUAUUAUUUCAGGAGAGAGAAUUCCUGAAGGAUUCAUUUUGAUGAAGAAACAAAAUUUGGGAAAGGACUCUGUCUCAUCUGAACCAGGGAGUACUGGCCAGAUCUAUGAUGAAUUCUGCCCCAUUUUACUGAACCAGUUGAAGACAAGGGAUUAUGUGAAGUUUGAAACAUUUGAUGCAGCUUUAGAUGAGUUUUACAGUAAAAUUGAAAGUCAAAGGGUAGAACAACAGCAAAAGGCAAAAGAAAGCUCUGCUGAACAGAAACUAAAUAAAAUACGCUUGGAUCAGGAAAAUCGUGUGCAUACUCUAAGGAGUGAAGUUGAUCGUUGUGUUAAAAUGGCGGAGUUAAUAGAAUACAACCUGGAAGAUGUGGAUGCUGCCAUACUAGCUGUGCGUGUAGCUCUUGCAAAGGGCAUGAGUUGGGAGGACCUUGCUCGUAUGGUGAAGGAGGAGAAGAAAUCUGGAAACCCUGUGGCAGGCCUCAUUGACAAGCUCCAUCUUGAAAGGAAUUCCAUUACAUUGCUGUUGAGCAACAAUCUUGAUGAAAUGGAUGAUGAUGAGAAGACACUCCCAGCAGAUAAGGUUGAAGUUGAUUUGGCUCUUUCAGCGCAUGCCAAUGCCCGACGGUGGUAUGAAAUGAAGAAAAAACAGGAGAACAAACAGGAAAAGACGAUUACAGCACAUGAAAAGGCUUUUAAAGCUGCUGAGAGAAAGACUCGUCAACAGCUUUCACAGGAAAAAACCGUCGCCACAAUUUCACAUAUGCGCAAAGUUCACUGGUUUGAGAAAUUCAAUUGGUUUAUCAGCAGUGAGAACUAUUUGGUUAUAAGUGGGUGUGAUGCUCAGCAGAAUGAGAUGAUAGUCAAGCGUUAUAUGUCAAAAGGAGAUCUGUAUGUCCAUGCAGAACUGCAUGGAGCUUCUAGUACUGUGAUAAAAAAUCACAGGCCAGAACAACCUGUACCUCCUCUGACUUUAAACCAAGCUGGAUGUUUCACAGUUUGCCAUAGUAAGGCAUGGGAUUCAAAGAUUGUCACUAGUGCUUGGUGGGUUUAUCCUCACCAGGUCAGUAAAACAGCUCCUACUGGGGAAUAUCUUACAGUUGGGAGUUUUAUGAUCCGAGGGAAGAAAAACUUUCUCCCUCCCCAUCCUCUUAUUAUGGGCUUUGGGUUAUUAUUUCGCUUGGAUGAGAGCUCCUUGGGAUCACAUUUAAAUGAAAGGAGGGUAAGAGGUGAAGAGGAAGGGAUAAAUGAUGUUGAAGAAAGUCAGCCUCACAAAGAAAUAUCUGAUACUGAGUCGGAGAAUGAAGCCACAGAUGAAAAACUUAAAGUAGAAUUGGAAAGUGUUCCUGAUUCAUCUACAGAACUGUAUAAAUCAGUAAUAGAAGGAACCGCAUUUGAACCUGCUAGUGGAUUGACUACCACCAAUACUAAAGCCAUUGAUUCACUUGAAUUUCCUGUUGAGGAGAAGACUAACUUGGAUGGCAUUGAUAAGAAUAAUGUAUCCAGUAUUGCUGGAAAUGCUGUUGCUUCAGUAACCCCGCAUCUUGAGGAUCUUAUCGAUCGAGCUCUUGGAUUAGGAUCUGCUAGUGUAUCUGGUAAAAGUUAUGGAAUUGAAGCAUCUCAUGUUGAUCCAUUGGAGGAACAUGAUCAUGAAGAGAGGAAAGUGGUGGUCAGAGAUAAACCUUAUGUCUCAAAGGCUGAUAGAAGAAAGCUCAAGAAAGGCCAGAAAAGUAAUGGUGUAGAUGCAAAUAUUGGGCAGGAAACUGAAAAACCAAAAGAAAUUGAUGCUUCUGUUGGUAAUCAAGAGAAAAAGGUUCAAAUUACAAAUCCAGGUGGUGUAAAAAUUAGCCGUGGGCAGAGGAGUAAACUAAAGAAGAUGAAGGAGAAGUAUGCUGAUCAAGAUGAAGAAGAAAGGAACAUUCGAAUGGCUUUACUGGCUUCUGCUGGAAAAAUGAACAAGGCAGAUGGAGAGACACAAAGCAUAAAUGCAGCUACAGCCAAAGAGAAGAAGCCUGGCAGUGCCAUUGAAGAUGCUUCAAAAAUUUGUUACAAGUGUAAGAAGGCAGGUCACCUGUCUCGGGACUGUCCAGAGAAUCCAGACGAAUCUUCAAAUGAUCAUGCAAAUGGUAGUGUUGAAGGUGAUCCCCAUGUGGGUUUGGGUGAUACUGCUCCAGAGAUGGACAAGGUGGCCAUGGAAGAGGAUGAUAUUCAUGAGAUUGGUGAAGAAGACAAAGGGAAAUUAAAUGAUGUUGAUUACUUGACCGGGAAUCCACUGCCUGGUGACAUUCUCUUGUACGCUGUGCCUGUCUGUGGUCCUUAUAAUGCAGUUCAAUCAUAUAAAUACCGUGUUAAGAUUAUUCCUGGCUCUGCAAAGAAAGGAAAAGCUGCAAAAACUGCCAUGAAUUUGUUUAGCCACAUGCCAGAAGCAUCAAGUAGAGAAAAGGAAUUAAUGAAAGCCUGUACAGAUCCUGAGCUAGUUGCAGCAAUUAUAGGCAAUGUGAAGAUAACAGCUGCUGGACUGACUCAGUUGAAACAGAAACAAAAGAAAGGCAAGAAGAGCAGCAGCAAACAAGAAAGCUAGGCAGCAAAUUGUGUAAUGGGUCUUUUUGAAAUCAAGCCAGAGGUUUUUUCAAAUUUGGCUGUCUUUUAGGAAACUGGUUUCUUUGGAUUAAAGUUUUAAAAGUGAGAUGUAUAGCUGAUAUGACUUCUGUAAAUGUCGGUGUAGUCCUUGAUUAGCCAAUCUUGACAUUCAAAGAAGCUGAAAUCUUACAGAGCUUCUGUUGAGAUCAUACGCAAUGAAUAUGGUUAUUUGACAGUAAAGACUAAAGAGUCUAAGCGGCAUUCAUUUC